CGCUAGAGUAAUAUGUAACUACAUAGGCGCCAAAAGGGCCAGGGGCCAAGGGCCAAAACACGUUGUCCAGUGACUCAACGACAGGUAACGCCAGCUGUGGACAACGGACGCGUCUUCCCGGCCAACCUUUCACCGUGUCAACGCCCACGACAACGCCCACGUCCACGACCAGCAACACGACCACGAUCAGCACCAGCACAACCACCACCACGCACCACCAUCCCCAGCACGCACCCUCAUCACCCCGCCCACCCCCUCCUACCCUUCCACAACCCUCGAAAUGGCGGACAAGCAAGCCACGCUGUACAUCAUCGACGUGGGGCGGUCGAUGGGCCAGACACGGCACGGCCGCAGCGAGACGGAUCUUGAGUUCACGAUGCGCUAUGUAUGGGACCGGAUCACGACUACCGUAUCGAACGGGCGGAAGACGGAUCUCGUCGGUGUUGUGGCUGUUAGGACUGAUGGCUCGGAGAAUGAACUUGCGCAGGAGGAGGAUUACGAACAUAUCAGUGUUUUGGCGCCGCUGUCGCAGUUCCUGAUGCCGCGACUGCGAGAGCUGCAGCUCGCACUCCAGCCCAGCAGCACCAACCAUGGCGACGGUAUAUCCGCGCUAAUCAUCGGGGUGCAGCUGAUCGCGUCGCACUGCAAGAAGCUGAAGUACAUCAAGUCGAUCGUAUUUGUAACGAACGGCACUGGCUCGUUCGACACGGACGGGAUCGAGAACGUCGUCGCCGAGAUCAAGGCGCAGAAUAUCAACCUGACUGUGUUAGGGGUCGAUUUUGACGACGAGGAGUAUGGUGUUAAGGAGGAGGGGAAGGCCCAGGCUAAAAGAGAGAAUGAGAAGGUGCUGAAGGAGCUGGCCGAGGCGACGGGCGGCGGAUUUGGAACUAUCGCCGAGGCCGUGGCGGAGCUGGGACGCCCACGGUUGAAGGCUGUCAGGCCGAUGGCUAGCUAUAAGGGGAAGCUUACGCUGGGCGAUGCGACAAAGUACGAUACCGCACUGGCGAUAGAUGUCGAGCGAUAUCCCAGGACGGCGGUCGCAAAGCCGGUGUCGUGCAGCCGGUAUUAUGUUACGACAGAAUCCAAGGAAGGAGAAGGCGAAGAAUCCGCGCAGACAAUGCCAUUGGAAGAUACCAGCACAAAGGACAUCGAUACCGUGAAACAACAGCGCACGUACGAGGUCAGGGCCGAUAACAAGGAGGGCAAGAUGGAAAUCGAUAAGGAUGCGACGGAGAAAGGGUACAAAUACGGACGCACCGUGGUCCCGGUCAGCCAGACGGACGAGGAGGUGGCCAUUUUGGAGACAGAGCCGAACAUGGACAUCAUAGGGUUCAUUCCGGCGGAAGGGUACAAACGUUACUUUCACAUGUCGACGACAAAUGCCAUCGUGCCACAGAAAGGCAACAGCAAGGCGGCUGUUGCGCUGUCUUCGUUGAUCCACGCGCUGUACGAACUUGAAUCAUAUGCGCUGGUUCGGUUUGUCAAGAAGAGGAUGGAUGCGCCUGUCAUGAUGGUGCUUGCGCCGGAGAUUGAGGCCGAUUUCGAGUGCCUGAUCGACGUCCAGGUUCCUUUCAUAGAGGAUGUCAGACCCUACAGGUUCCCGCCUCUCGGCAAGGUGAAGACGGUGACCGGGAAGGCGCUGGACAAACAUCGCAACAUCCCGACCGACGACAUGGAAAAGUUCAUGAGCGACUACGUUGACAGCAUGGACAUCUCGGAGUUCGGGAAGGAUGACGAUGGAGAGCCAAUGGAAUACGCACCGGUUGAAGAUACCUACUCGCCGAUAAUACACCGCAUCAACCAGAUUAUCAAGCAUCGCGCCAUCCAUCCGAAGGAUCCGUUGCCGCCACCCUACGAUAUCCUGUUGAAGUACUCGCACCCACCCGAAGAAGCCGUCGAAAGUUCGAGGAAGCACCUCGAUAAGCUGAUAAACGCUUGCGAUGUCAAGAAAGUCGAUGUCAAAGCUCGGAGCAAGAAGCGGGAACGAGAGCAACCAAAGCCCAAGUCUGGUCUCGAUCUCGAGGCUCUUCUCAGCGCCACCCCUGCUAGCAAGAAGCCCAAAAUUUCUCUUGAGAAUGCGAUUCCCGAGUUCAAGCAGAAGCUCGGGGCUCUGCAGGAAGAAUCCGAGUUCCACCAGCUCGGCACACAGAUGUUCGACCACGUCAAAGAACUCGUUAAAUCUUCGCUUGCAGAUCUGAACUACAACCGCGCCUGUGAGAUCUUGCGGGUCGUCAGAGAGGAGUUCAGAGACUAUGAGUUUGCCGAUAUCUAUAAUGCCCAAAUGCGGGCGUUGAAGAAGGACAUCAUCGAUAAGAAGCUCGACGGUGAUCGGAACGACAUGUUGCAGACCAUCCGGAAGUUUAAUCUGGGCCUUAUUACCACGGAGGAAGCGGGUGAUACGUCGGAUGUUACCGAAGAUCAGGCAGCGGAGGUAAGGUUUCGUUGAACUCUAUUACUAAGUGCUGUUACUGACACAGUUGGCAGUUUUGGAAGAUUUGAGGUGUGUGGACGCAUGGUGAGGAAGGGUAGGAGUGUCCCUUACUGGGUCUUUGGUUUCUUGAGCUCUCAGUUGGAAUUCAAUUUGUCCUUGUGCACUGAGCAAUGCUGCGGAAAGUAUGGUGUGACACCACAGCCGCAAGGUGCAGAUAAUAGAUCCGUAAAUACUUUCGCUGGUGGAUCUAGGCGAGACGUCCGUCGUCGUCACAUCACAUGGAAACCCCACUCUAGAGUCUAAAGCGGUGAUGCGCGCGGGAAAGAGGAGGGACGAUCGUCUGCA